AUGGCAUUCACAGAGAAGCAUGUUCUCGGCGAGGAGCUUGGUCAAACCCAGUCGAUCUUCCGCCAGGGUUUCUCACCGUCUCGAUGUCUGAAAAUCCAGGGGAGGGCGAUGACCUAUCCGAUUUUCGGAUUUGCAGGAUGUGCUAUUACUUUCUUCGGUUAUGAUACUGCGGUAAUGAGCCAAGUUAACGAGGAUUAUAUGCUACGGAUGGGUGUGACCAGUGGUUGCGGUCGCAAUGCAGCAGCAAUUGGAGGCCUGGUCAGUCUGUGGUUUGGUGGUUUUGCCAUCGAUGGUCUUGUAGGUGCAUUGCUCGUGGGAUAUAUUGCCGACCCCAUCGGGCGCCUGAAAACCAUCCAACUGGGAUGCCUCUGGGGGGUCGUGGGAGCCGCUCUCCUGGCCUCUGCGCAAAACAUGACUUGGCUCGCUUUUGCACGCGUCAUCAGUGCAAUGGGAUGUGGCCAUCUUAACACGACGGUGCCGGUCUGGACGUCGGAGUUAGCAGACCCUCAUCUGAGAGGCGCAUUUGUGGCUGUCCAAUUUACACUGGCAAUGGUCGGCUCAGCAACGACAUAUUGGAUGGAGUUUGGGUGUCUCAAAACACAGUCCGUGGCUUUUGCAUGGCGCUUCCCUCUGGGAUUUCAAAUCAUUUUUCCUCUCUUCAUUCUUGCUGCGGCUCCAUUUUACCCGGAGUCGCCUCGGCACCUAGCCAAAACUGGAGAUCUGGAGGGGGCGAGGUCAGUACUGGAGAGAUGUCGCCUGGAGACCAAUGAGCAGGCAAUCGAGACUGAGAUGGAGGAGAUUGUCUCUGCAAUCCGCGCCGAACCAACCUCCACCUCCCACAGCUUCUAUAGCAUGCUUUUCACCAAGGACAAGCUUCACACGCGCCGGCGAGUCAUCCUCGGACCCGGUGUGCAAGUGAUGCAAAAGCUCACUGGCAUCGACUUUAUUGCUGUGUCUGCCCCGAACAUGUUUGCGCUGUCAGGGUUCAAGGGCGACAAUCCUGCCCUUCUGGCAGGAGGUAAUUGGUUCGGGUAUAUUGCGAGCUUGGCUCUCUCGAUCUACCUUUGUGAUCGAGUAGGCCGACGCAAGUUGAUGCUUACAGGGGGUCUGCUUAUGUGCAUAGUGCUGAUUGUCGGUGGUGUCCUUUCCCAGGAAACGAUAAUGCACUCCAACAAUGACCCGGCCCUGGCGACCGAGUUUGGAUCCGGCGUCGCGACCAUUCUCUACAUCUACUCCUUCAUAUACGGCAGCACCCCGAGAAGAGCAAUAUUGCUGACUUUCUUUUCUAUUCUAGUUGGGUCUAUCCAACCGAGGUCUUCCCUCUGGGCAAGCCGAAGCAAAGGCGCCGCUCUGGCAACUUUCGCGUUCUCAAUUGCUGGAGGCACAAUCAUCAUGAUCAUCCCGUAUCUUAUCGACGCGAUUGGAUUCUGGGUUUUCAUUCUUUACAUUCUCUUUGCCCUCAUUAAUCUGGCACUGGUGGCCCCUAUCUAUCUAUUCUAUGUCGGUCAGUAUUGCCUAUAUCUACAGAUUGCGUAUUGCGUUUACUCACAACACACACAAACCGCAAAUCGGCCCCUUGCACAGCUAGAUAUCCUCUUCUCUAGCGAUAGCUAUCUCUCUUGGAGAGUUGAGAGAAAUUUCAUACAGAUGAAUAUCACAUCAGUCUUCACAGUGAGCUAUUCAUCCAGGACUUAG